AUGUGGUCCUACAUAGCUUCAAAGGAAUUUCGUGUGGGGCACCGGUCCGCGUCCGACUACACAGUUUCGCCUUGGCUCUUGCAGCCAAAAGAAUCUCCAACUGUGAUUGCCAAAGAACCCGAUGCGAACCCACACAAAGCGGCAAGCAAUCCAAACAUGGAGUGGUUGAUUUCCAUAAUAGGCGGAGAUGAUCCAAAAGCCCGCUCCAAAUGUCGGAUACAGAAGGUGCCGGCCAGAUUUCGCGAGAACAAAAAGAACAAGUAUUUUAUUCCUCAGGUAGUAUCCUUGGGACCUUACCACCACAGCGACUAUCUUUUCAAGACGAUGGAGAAGCAUAAGAUCACGACAGCUAGGCGAUUCAUCUUGUACAACAAAUCAAAGUUGGAGCAAGACACAACUCAAGUGAUGGACAAUCUCUUCAAGGAGGUUAUGAAUGUGGUAGCUGAGGCGAGAAAGUUCUACGCUGCUGAGAUAAUGUCCAAACUAAGGGAUGAAGCUUUUGCACGCAUGAUGUUCUUGGAUGGUUGUUUCGUUUUAUAUUUCAUCCAAGGCAUGAAUAGAGGAAACAUCGACUUAGAAAUAAGCAAUCGUCUCAUUCUUCUCAUUGUUCGAGACAUGUUCUUGCUCGAAAACCAUCUUCCAUUGUUAGUCCUUGAUGCUUUGAUGAGCUUGAGAUUCGAUUCUAAUAAGAAAUUAAAAGGAAAGAUUGUGAAAUUCAUCGAAUGGGAAGUCCUACUUCCCAUGGGAUUAUCGUUCUUUAUCCCUCACUGGUGGUUUACUGGAAGAAGAGAUGAUGACCCGCUUCACCUCCUCGACGCUUUCCAGACCAUGUUGCUGGGCUCUCAUCCCUCAAAUCCGAACAAAAAAUACAGGUACAGACUACAUAACUUCGGCUCCGUUAUGGAACUCAAGGAAGUUGGGAUUAUGUUCGAGAAGAGCGACAGUGGAUAUUUGACAGACAGCUAG